AUGAUUCAUCACUCUCCAGUUGCUCAGUCUUUUUCCAAUUCAAAACCACCUUUGGCUGAGAAACCAUCCAAGGAUCACCCAAGAAAUAAAUCUGAAGAGAGCUCCACCACCUCUGUCUACCAAGCCAAAGUAGCAGAUUUGUCGUGCAAGGUAAAUGUGACAUGGUGCAAAAGCCUCAUUGAUCAUUCCCUCAGCAUCCAUGUAGAAAACCCUUCUGCUGAAAAUCACCACACCUGCAAGAUUGAUCUUGAUAUUUUGCACUUUUGGAACAAAAAGGGUCUGAAAUCUUUUGAAAUAGAUGAAAAAAGGGUCGAUUUCUUCUGGGAUUUUCGCGAGGUGAAAUUCUCCAAUAGCCCUGAGCCAUGCUCAGAUUACUACUUGGCCAUGGUGUCCAACAAAGAGGUGGUCUUAUUGCUAGGAGACCUUAAGAAUGAAGCUUAUAAGAGAACCAAUUCAAAGCCAUCCUUAGAAGAGGCAACAUUGGUGUAUAAGAAAGAGAACGUAUAUGGGAAGAGGCUGUUCUGCACCAAAGCCAAGCUAGGUGAAGGGAAAAAAGAACAUGAUAUCGUGAUUGAGAAUGCUGUUUCUGGAUUUGGUGAUCCUGAAAUGUGGAUUAGUGCAGAUGGAAUUCUGUUGAUUCGGGUAAUGAAGCUGCACUGGAGGUUUAGGGGGAAUGAAACAGUGUUCCUCAACAAUUUGCCUAUCCAAAUUUUCUGGGAUGUUCAUGACUGGCUGUUCAACAGCCCCAGUUCAGGCCAUGCCUUAUUCAUAUUCAAGCCAGGGGCACAAGAAUAUUCACCGGACUCUGAUCUGGAUGGUACAAACCGCAGUGGAGAGGCUGUUGGCAGUGACAUAUAUGACUCGCUCUGGGCCACCACCUCAGCUGCAGACUUCUGCCAUUUUCUAUAUGCUAGGCAGAUUGAUUGAGAUGAUGGUUUGAAACAUUGCAGUGGUAUAAUUCAUGCCCAUUCCACAGACUAGUCUGAAUGGCGCUAUUCACUUUGUUAUCUUCAAACUAUUUUCAAUUUUUGUAUUCCAGUUUCAAUUCAUGACACUCAGAUAUAAGAUGUUUCCAUG